AUGUUCUCAACCACACAGCGCUCCUUCCUGGGAGCUAGCAGGCGCCUUCGGCCGAGCCCAGUGCCAGCUGCAGACAAAGCCCCCGUCGCCGCAGCCUCCGCAACCCCCGCAGCCCCAUCGGCGAUUCCCGAGCAACUGUCCAUAUCAUCUGAGCCAGCCAAGCUAUCCGAGCCUCCCGUGGAAGAAUGGGCCGAACGGUUAACCGCUCUUGGUGAGACCCGACUACCGCGAAGUGUGCAAGCAAUCUACCUGCGACCUCUACGCAGGAAGGCAGAAUACGGUCUCCCAGUUUGCGACCUCCAAUUGCGCUCCUACAGUGUCCAGAAUGUGGAAUUCUUUGCCGACUUCGCCAUUCGCGCCGCCUACUACCUCAACCUCCCCGUCUCUGGUCCGGUGCCUCUCCCUCGCAUCAUCGAACGCUGGACUGUCCCCCGAAGCAACUUCGUGCACAAGAAGAGCCAAGAGAAUUUCGAACGAAUCACUCUACGUCGCCUGAUUCAGAUCAAGGACGGAAAUCCACAGGCAGUGCAGGCAUGGCUCGCCUUUCUCCGGAAGCACGCCUUCUACGGAGUCGGAAUGAAGGCCAAUGUCUGGGAGCAUGACAGCCUUGAUGUUGGUAAAACCAUGGAUGAUUCCCUUGCUGAAGUCCAGAAAACCCUCGAACCACACCUCUCUCAAUUUGGAAAGCGAAAGUCCACUCACCAGAAAAGCAUUCUCGACCAUCUGGAUAGUGACCGAUUCGUCGAGCCACCCAAGCUGGUCCGAUUAAAUAGCACAGACGCAAAAGCAAAAGCACCAGCUCAUGAGCCAGUGAUAUUCUCUGGAAUUCAACCAACAGGUGUUCCACAUCUUGGAAAUUACCUGGGAGCUCUCAAUGAAUGGGUGAAACUUCAGAAUGGUGCAAAGCCUGGCACCAAGCUUAUCUUUUCUGUCGUGGAUCUCCACGCCCUCACUGUACCGCAAGAUCCAGCUCAAUUAAGAAAAUGGAGAAGAGAGGCGUUUGCUACUCUGUUGGCUGUGGGCUUGGAUCCAAAGAAAUCUACCAUUUUCUUCCAAUCUGCUGUGCCGGCACAUGCAGAGUUGAUGUGGAUUCUUAGCACAGUGGCUUCUAUGGGAUAUCUAUCUCGUAUGACACAGUGGAAGACCAAACUCCAGUUGCCAGAAGAUGCAACCCUGGAUAAUGCAGAAGCCCGAGCUCAGCUCCGACUUGGUCUCUUCUCCUAUCCUGUGCUUCAAGCAGCCGAUAUCCUUAUUCAUCGAGCUACCCAUGUCCCAGUUGGAGAAGACCAAAAGCAGCAUCUCGAAUUCUCUCGAUAUACUGCCAACAGCUUCAACCAUCUGUACGGACCGAUCUUUCCAAUUCCCGAGGCUAUGAUAUCUCCCGCAAAACGAGUCAUGUCCCUCAAGGAACCAACAUCUAAAAUGUCCAAGUCUCACGCGGAUGAACGGUCCAGGAUUCUCCUGACCGACUCGCCAGCCGAUAUCCACAAGAAGGUGAAGGUUGCCAUGACCGACUCGGAGCCCCAAAUCACAUACAACCCAACCAGUCGACCGGGUGUAUCUAAUCUCAUUGAGAUCCUAAGUCAUUUUGAAGGGGUGAGUUGUGAGGACAUCGCCUCUGAGUACCGCACUGCCAGUCUUAAGACGUUGAAGGAGCAUGUAGCCAGUCGGAUCGCGUACCACCUUGAAGGAAUUCGGGAGCGAUACUCGCAGAUCAUAGGGGAUAAGAGUGGAUACCUUGACUCGGUUGCGCAACAAGGUGCAGAGACUGCGCAGGCCAAUGCUAGCAUCACCAUGCGACAGAUUCGACAGGCUAUGGGUCUCUAA